AUGCAACACUCUUGUGGCCACAAUUUUUUAAACGCUGUCACAUGCCUAAACUUUCUCGACUAUCACACAGCGCAGCAGCCCGAUUCGAUAAGUUUUUGUGCCGGUGCAUCGUUAUUAAUUUGACCUCUUGCGCGCUCCAUUAGCUAGCUUGUGAUGGCUCGCUCUGAAUAAUUCAUGAUCGAUUUUUAAUGACACUCUCUUGAAAUGGGUCUCUCCAGUGUGACGCAAACCGUUCUUGUGACAACUGUAGUGACCGCUGUUACCGUCGUCGGGGCGUUCAUCUACAAGAAGUGGAAGCAGGUGAAAAUUCCUUCCAACUGGGAGCGAGUGGGAAGCGUGAAGAAACUCCACCUUUAUCCACUGAAGAGCGGACACCGGGUGGAACUACAAAGGGCCGAAGUAACGGAAGUCGGGAUAAAGCAAACACAGGAUGACGAAAAAGCCUUCCAGUUGAGGGACAGGGUCCUUGUCGUGUACGGCGCCAAAGACAAUGAGUUCCGCACCGCCCGGACCUACCCAAAAAUGGUCUUCAUCGACGUCUCCGUCCAUGACGAGAACCAUUUUGCCAUCGACGCCCCGACCAUGAGGACCCUCUACGUGAAAAUCCCGAGCCGAGAGGACAGCAAAGUCGCCAACGUUAAGUGGUGGCAGGACGAGAGAGUCCAAGCUAUCGACUGUGGGGACGAGGCGGCGAGUUGGUUCUCACGGUACAUCAUUGAAAGAGACUCCGGCCUAAGACUGGGUUAUAACGAUGCUAGUCAAAAACGCGACAUUACGAAGGCCCACGCGAAACUCCUGGACUACUACAAGAACCUCUCAAACAAGUCUACAGGUCUAUUCGCAGAUCUGACGAGCGUUUCUCUGGUUAAUCAACACUCCGUCAACGACUUGAACAAGCGAGUCGGGAAUUCGGACAUCACGGUUGAGCAGUUUAGGCACAAUAUUGUGGUUGAUGGCCCGGAUUUGCAGCCUUAUGAUGAGGAUACCUGGGAUUGGAUUAAGAUUGGGGAUAAUGUGAUUCUGAGGAACGUGAAGGACUGCACUAGGUGCAUUUUGACUACUAUUGAUCCCGAAAAUGGGAUCAGGCACCCGGAUAGAGAACCUUUGAAGACUUUAGAGCAGUACCGCAAACAUUCGGGUCCUGAAAAAUCCCCCAGGUUGGGGAACAACCUAGAAGUGACCAGAACAGGAUUCAUAAGUAUUGGAGACCCGGUUUACAUUGCCAGAUAUGAAACGAAAUAAAGACGUUAGGAUUUAACUUUUGAGACCCUUGUUCAUUAGGUGUACUUAUUUUUGUUUCCUGUAUAGAUGUAUAGAUUUUCCGUCUAAAUGUACAAUAUUGAAGUGUAAUACGUAUCUACCGAUAUUUGGGAAUAAAUGGAAUACCCCUA